GACCCAGAAACGCGCUGUGUCUUUUGCCUAGUUUUAGCGGAGGUAAUCCACUGGGCAGUUAGUUUAUUGGCAGUUUUGAUUUUAUGUGAUUUGUUUUCUUUGUGUUAUUUGUCUACAGUUACGUUCCAGUAUGGGGAAGGCGGAAUUUUUAACUCCAAAAGCAAUCGCGAAUAGGAUAAAAGCGAAAGGUCUUCAAAAGCUUCGCUGGUAUUGUCAGAUGUGUCAGAAGCAGUGUAGAGAUGAGAAUGGCUUUAAGUGUCACUGCAUGUCCGAGUCACACCAGAGACAGCUUUUGCUCGCCUCGGAGAAUCCCCGCCAGUUUAUGGACUAUUUCUCACAGGAGUUCAAGAACGACUUUUUGGAGCUUCUUAGAAGGCGCUUUGGAACAAAGCGAGUCCACAACAACAUUGUGUAUAACGAGUACAUCAGUAACAGGGAGCACGUCCACAUGAACGCCACACAGUGGGAGACGCUUACAGACUUCACCAAGUGGGUCGGUAGAGAAGGCUACUGUAAAGUGGAUGAGACACCAAAAGGCUGGUACAUGCAGUACAUUGACCGUGACCCAGAGACAAUUCGACGCCAGGAAGAACUGGAGAAGAAGAAGAAGCAGGACCUGGAUGAUGAAGAGAGGAGUGCCAAGUUCAUAGAGGAUCAAGUGCGGCGUGGUAGGGAGGGUAGAGAGGAGGAGACUCCAGUCUUCACAGAACUGAAACGGGAAAGCGAGGAAGAGAAGGUGGUGUUUAAUCUGGCCAAGGGGGCAUGUUCAUCUGCGGCUGGUCCUUCAAAGUCAAGUUCUUCCCUGGCUCCCAAUGCCCUCCAAGCUGCUGUUUCAGCAAAGCGCAAGGAGUCUGGUCACUCCUCCGAGUCCAAGGGGAAGAAGAAGAAGUCAGCCCUGGAUGAAAUCAUUGAGAUGGAGGAACAGAAGAAGAAGAAAUCUACAAGAACAGACCACUGGUUGCAACCUAACAUUGUGGUGAAGGUCAUCACCAAGCGACUUGGGGAGAAGUAUCACAAGAAGAAAGGAAUUAUUCAGGAAGUUCUGGAUAAGUACACAGCUAUGGUGAAGUUGAUAGACUCUGGGGACAAACUGAAACUGGACCAGAGCCACCUGGAGACGGUCAUUCCUGCCCCAGGGAAACACGUCCUGGUGUUAAACGGGACCUACAGGGAAACCACUGCAAUACUUGACAGCAUCAAUGAGAAGAGCUUCUCCGCUAAGCUCAUUCUGGACUCGGGUCACCUGAAAGGAAAGACAGUGGAUGGAAUUGCAUAUGAAGACUUCUCCAAACUGGCCUGAAUUGGAUUAUAGUCUGAUAGACUUCAUGGCUGUUGUAUGAGCUCUACCAUGUCAGAGUUGUUAAUUUCAUUUAUUCUCUUUUAAUGUGGGAUUCUUGUAAAUAUGCUUAUUCUGUAGCAGAUAUUUUCAGCUAUAGUUUCAAUGUGAGAAUGUUUUUUUUUUCCCAUUUUAUUGUAAGUAAUCCACUGUUCACAGACUUAUGAUUUGAUCGUCAUCAUCAAAUUUUGUCUUUAACUUGAUAUUGAUAGUAUUAUUUUGGGAUAUUAAACAUUGCAUACUUGUUAUUGCCA